AUGUUAAAUUUUAAUGUUCGCCGUAUCUCGAUUGAUGGUCUCCCAAAAUUAGAACCAAAGUACAAUAGUCCUUUAUUAUGGAACCAACCAACACCAACAAACAUAAAUAGUAAACUAGUAGUGAGAGAUUUCACCAACAUCAAUUAUCCUCCUGAUCAGGAUACGUUGAGCACUUCAACAAUCUGGAUAUCUUCCGAGAAUGAAAGUCUAGUAUGGUACAACUUUGCCUGCAUUUACUAUCAUUUCAGGCAUAUCUUGAUUGAGCUCAUUGACAACGUGGGUCUAAGACAACAUCUCUGGUGUACCAAUGAUUCGUCUAUAACGGGACUUCAACCAGAUGUAUGGGUUAUUGUAACAAUGUCUGGGCUUCCUAUUGGUGUGGUUGGAAUCAAGGAGCCAAAGAAUAAUAAUAUGGCCAAUGAAGAGGUUCAUGAUCAAAUAUUUAAUUAUAUGGAGAGAUUACGUAGUUACACUGGACAAAAAAAUGUAUUUGGAAUAGUUACAUGUUAUGAACAGUGGAGGGUCUAUUGGCUUCCAGAUUCGGAUCACUCUGCUAGCUCACCAUACACUCCAUCCCAAUUCUCACCACAUCAACUAGUUGAUCAAGACACUGUUCCUGUUCGAUCCUCAUCUCCAAAGGGAUCAUCAAACAUACAAGUCCAAGAGAUUCCCAAUACCCCCGGGAUGGUCUACGGAACCAAUUUAAUUCGAUAUGAUUCUAGCUCUCUAGUUCCUAUUCUAUGUUCCACCAUUCUAAAGAUGUAUUACUCACCUCGUGAACCAGUCCUUUUGAUCAGCCCGACUAGAUCCUACAUCCGAGUAACAAAGGAAUCUUGGAAUUGGGUCAAACUCAAAGAUAUGACACUCUCCUAUGAAGGGGUUUGUCCAAACGAAUCUUUGUCAUCUGCUAUAUUGAUCAAAGACCUUAGAAGUAGAAUGGUUCAAUCACGCUGCAGAUUGUGGAUGGCAUCAACAGAGAAUGGAUCGGUCUUUGUCAUCAAGUAUGUCAGACAGGAUAAAGACAUUCCAGACCCAAAAAAAGUUCUAGCUAAAGAGGCCAAUAUCUGGAAAAUAGCCUAUAACAUCACUACACCUGUACGUAAAAUGCAAUUUUGUAUGCAAAACUCUACUUUUUUCAAAAGACAAUAUAAUUAA